UCUUUGACACACCCAGCUAUUUCCCGCCAAAAAGAAAACACGACAUACAUAUACACAAGCCCUAAUUUACAGAGCUUCAGCAUCUAAGUAAAUUUGGAAUGGGUUCAAUUGAAGCUGAAGAUCUACAAUUAUGUCAGAACGACGAGAAUGAUCUACAGCCGUUUUUCGUACUUCACAAAGCAUCGAAUCAGAGGAUUGAGAGGAAAUCAGGUGGUAAAGCGAGGAGGCGGAUUGAUUUAUCGUCAUCGGUGCACGAUAAUUUGGACAAAUCUGACACCGGUGAAGCUGAUGAACUCGAGAAAUUGCGCAAUGAAGCGUUUGAUUGCGUUUGGUCUAAAAUCAAGUCCGUCAUUAAGGAUGCUUUGAGGGAUAUUAAUCUCGAUGUUUUCAAUGAGAUCGAUAGAUGGGUUCAUGAAUCAUUUGAUGCAAUUACUUCUCGUGGGAAGCCUGAAUUUGCCAAAGUGACAUGCUCGUACCCCAUUGUGAGUGAUGCUACGUCUAAACAACUGUUCAGCGGGCUGGUGCUUACUAGGAAUAUGGAAGUUGUUGAUGAUCUACUAACCUUUGCGGAUCUUGGACAACAUCUGAAGUCUCAUGGAUGUCAUGUGGCAAACCUUUCAUCAAGUGAUUUUUCUCCAAAGAAUGGGAUUAGUGGUUCAAUCAGAAGUUUGCUGAGAAAGUUUCUGAUGGUUACCCUGGAUGUGGCUGAUAUAUCAGCUUUGGCAUCAUGGUAUGCUGAACCCGGUAACCACGGAAAUCCUGUGGUUGUGAUCAUAGAAGAUCUCGAGAGGUGCUGUGGCACUGUCUUAUCUGAUUUCAUCCUAAUGUUAAGCGAAUGGGCAGUUAAGCUUCCAAUUCUUUUGAUACUGGGAGUUGCAACAACUAUUGAUGCCCCAAGAAACGUGCUUUCUUCGAAUGCACUUCAGUGUGUUUUACCUCGUAAGUUCAAAUUGAGAUCUCCAUCUGAGAGAUUGGAUUCAAUCAUUGAAGCUGUUCUUGUGAGAGACUGUUCAGGCUUCAAUGUUGGUCAGAAGGUUGCAACUUUCCUCAGAAACUGCUUCUUGAGACAGGAUGGAACACUUUCCUCAAUUGUUCGAGCAUUGAAGAUGUCAGUUAUCCACCAUUUUUCGAUGGAGCCUUUAAGCUUCAUACUGAAAGGUUUACUUGACGAGGAUGACAGACAGGUACAAUUCAGCUGGAAACAUGAAACACUACCAGAAGCGAUGCUCAGUCGAGCUCUUGAUCUUCCUUCUUACACAAAAAACAAACUUGGUGAACCAAAUGGUGAAAUAUUAGAACAAGGUUUGUUGCAACUCAGAAGAUCACAGAAGUUAUGGAGCUCUGUACUUCUGUGUUUGUACGAAGUUGGAAAGCAUCAUAAAAUCAGUCUGUUGGACUUGUACUGUGAAGCGCUUGAUUCAGAGUUAUGGGACACUAGAGCAUCUGAUCUUCAUUCAGUAUUAGAUGACAAGUUAAAAGUGCCUGAGGAUAUCAUGCACAUGGGUGGCUCCAUAUUUCAAGCAAUUCGCAAGGUGAGGGAUUCGUCUCCAGUAGCUUUGUGCCAGUUGCUUGAUAGCUGGGAAGCACUUAGUGAGGGUCUCACUGAGAUCCAGGAGAAAGUGAAAGAGUUACAGUGCCUGUCAAAAAUUGAUGAUAGCAAGAAUGUAAACCGGGAAUUGACCAACAUAUCCAGGAGGCAUACAAGUCGAAACUAUACUCAUACAGAGAGAGACGCACAAGCUUUAAAUGUGAGAGCUGCUACCUUAAUAGGUUCCAUGGUAAGGGAUUAUAUGCAGCCUAUGGAGUGCAUACCAUUUCAUGAGAUUCUCUGCUUCAAGAAUGUUGAUAAACUUCAGUCGAACAUUACAGGAGACCCUAGAAGAAGAAUUCAAGCUGAUCUUCUUGAGUCGUAUAAAUUUCUCAAGUGUAGUUGUUGCAGAGUAAAUUGCAACACACCAUUGCCAUCCAUGCAUGAUACAUCAAUUAUGUAUGCACUGGCUCAAGAACAUGGUGACCUUAUCAAUCUGCAUGACUGGUAUCAAUCUUUUAAAGCUACCAUCUGCUUAUCUACUAAAUCGAAGCAGAGGCUAAAGCAGUCACCAUCACCUAAGAAAAGAAAGAGUGCUGUUGAACCUCAAGCAAUAAAUGGAGCAUCACUACAAGCACGGUUCUGCAGGGCAGUUAUGGAGCUCCAAAUUACAGGACUUCUAAGGAUGCCUAGUAAGAGGCGCCCUGAUUAUGUGCAGAGAGUGGCUUUUGGACUGUAACAUUAGUAGAUACUAAAUAAUUCUAGUUUAGGUCUCUUCCUAUCAGUCUUGCCUUUGUACCUGUGUUCAUAGGUUAUGUUUCGGAAAUACUUGUGUAUCUGUAUUUAAGAAACAAGACUUUUGCACCGUUUGGAGAUCCUCUGGUAAAGUAAUAACCCUGCUCCCGAUUCCUGUCCUCCAAACAAAGGAAAC